AAUUUCAUUUCCACAAACUAUUCAGCAACAACAAAAGCAACGUAAUUCAGCAACAAAUAUAAUUAAUAUAAACAACUUUUUAAUAAGUGACAACUUAAAUACUGCUUCUGAAUUUGGUACACCUUCAUCAAUCAUCACAUCAUCUACUCCUACUACCAAAAAUUUUUUAAGUUUACCUGAUGAGGGUAAAACUACAAGUAGACUAAAUGCAUUAAUGAAUGGCGAUAUGAUAUGGAAAAUAAAAUUCGAUAAUAAUGAAUAUGUUCUCGAUAAACAUGACAUGACAUUGAGUACGUAUAUCCAAAAAUACAGAAGUCAUUUUGUCAUGAAAAAUUAUGACGCAAUGGCAUCUUUGCCGUCAGCAGAAUUCCAAAAAAUUUUUCAUGAUAUGACAAUCAUUAGUGCCGAUUUUGAUAUGAUCCAAUUUGUUGCAAAAAGUAGUUAUUGGAGCAACAUAGAUAGUAAAAUAAAGUUGAAUCCAACCCACACCGCAGAUAAUGCUGAAAAUAACAAAAUAGAAAUAAAGGUUACAAGACCUGUUUCUAGUUUAUUUCUAAUUAAAGAUUUGAUAAAAUUAACAAUAUUUUCACAACAACAAAUCAAGAUCUUUUUAUCAAAAAAAAAUCUAUUAAUAGAAUUUAAUAGUGGAGGCAUUUGUAAUGUCAGGUACUAUAUUACACCAGCUGAAGACGAUUUUACUCCUUAUUUGCGUUUAUAG